ACUGAUUCGAAAAGCCCCACAUGACAAGCGAGGGUGGGUCUAUGGCUCUAUGUUGAAACACUUUCUCACCAUACACAUAUUUAAUUGAAGAUCAGAUAUUGUUACAAGGUCCAGCACUGAGAAGAGGUGAUGGGGAUUGAAAAAUUACCGUUGCGUUUUCUUAUUCAUUGCAUUUGGCUUGGAGUGUGGGGAGUUGAUACCUCGUCAUGGACUGCUGAGGUGCCCGACUCAGUCUCCGGCUUGGAGGGCUCAUGCAUCGUGAUUCCCUGUUCAUUCAACUACCCAGAACCAAAGAUAAAGCCCUCUGAAUUCACUGGCAUCUGGUUCAAAGACACUUCUGAGGUUAUCUACCACCCAGACAGCUCCAACGUCAUCACAGACUACAGGGGUCGUACAGAGCUGGUAGGAAACCUCAGACAGAAGAACUGCUCUCUCAGAAUCGACCCCCUCCAUAGCAGUGACAAAGGACCCUUUACUUUCAGGAUUGAAAUCAAAGACUAUAACAAGGCUUCAUACAAAUAUGACAGAGUCUCCAUUGCAGUGAGGGACUCUCCAGACCCCCUCUCUCUGUCAGUGAUGGAGGUGGUGAAGGUGGGGGAGGAGGUAUCUGCCUCCUGCUCUGUGUCUCACUCCUGCCCAUCUGAUCCCCCCCUCAUCACCUGGAGCCACUCUGGAACACCCAGCAUCCAAUCACAGCAGCAGACCAAGGGCCAGUGGGAAGAGACAUCAACCCUGACCUUUAGAUCCAGCAACGCUGAUAACAACCAGCCUCUAGUCUGCACAGCAGCAUACAGGGGAGGGAAGAGAGUGAAAAGCUCCAAGACGCUAACUGUCAAAUAUGCCCCAGUGGAUGUGAAGGUUAAGGGAGUGUCCAGUGUGAAGGAGGGAGACUCUGUAGAGCUGAGAUGCUCCAGUGACAGUAACCCUCCUGCCCACAGCUACCGUUGGCACAACAGCAGAGGACCUCUGCCCACCACUGGACCCACACUCACACUGGAGAAUGUGACCAGACUCACUGAAGCCCUCUACUGCACUGCCAUCAAUACAGAGGGACAAGGCCAAUCCAGCCCCCUGAAGCUCAAAGUAGAGUACCCCCCUGAGAUCAAAGUGGACUCUGCCUGCACUUCAGACAUCUCUAUGGUAACAUGUCUGUGCAUUGUGGAUUCAGAGCCCCCCAGCACUGUGGAGUGGUCUCUUCCAGCAGGACACCUGCCCAGUACCAGGGUGGAGAUGCAUGGGUCAGUUACCAUGGUUAGCCUACAGAGGGCACUAGGCUUCUCAGAGACCGUCCACUGCCAUGCCAGCAACACACAGGGCAAUGCCACCUUGUCCUUCACUGUGUCCACAAAUGAUAAGAUGUUCAUGCUGUACAUUUCAAUUCGCAUUGCUGCAUUAGUGGUGGUGGUAAUACUAGUUCCCAUGUCAGCUUGCCUAUUGACUAAGAAGGUUGGGAGGAGUCAUAGUGACCAGCCAGUAGCCAGUAUACAGGACAUGGAUGCAGCCAAGUGUGCUUCCUCAGAUCCCUCAACAUCAAGGAAAGAGCAGAAAAACACCAGCAGUGAAAUCCUCACAAACUACUACACCAACGAUCAGCUAUAUGGCAACAUGGAGGCUGAAGAAGAUCGCGACCCAUGCGAAUGUGUUGGUGGAGACGAUGCAAUCUAUGGUAACAUUUGAACACAACAGGAAGCAUGUGGGAGUCAGCUGGCUCAGAGGCCAUUGUACUUAGUCUGUCAAAAGCUCCAGUAAAAUAUUGACAUUUUAACCCAAUGUAGCACAGCAGCCGACUGCUUAUUUGUUAGCUUUAUUGUUCUUAUGGCUAAAGAAUAUAGUACGAUUGUAAAGUAAAGUACCUUGAACAUUUUCUCCAGAUCAGAUUGAAUAUGAACAUGUGUAAAUGUUCAACAACAACAGUGAUCAAAUGAAAAAUAUCUGUGUUUCAUUGCAUUUUAAUAUAGUCUGUAAUGUUUGUUUCUGAAUAUCCCAAUCUACUAGCGAGUUAUUUUUCAUCCUUUAUGUUCUUGCUGACCCACAUUGAUCUAAUGUGUGGGAAAAACAAACAUCUAUUGUUAUCAUAAAUCAACUUCAAGUACUCAAAGAAUGUAAAUGUCAAGCAGAAGUAAUUGUUAGUCACCAAUGAGCUGCUGUCUCCACUUGUCUUCCUCUUCUCAGGGGUCUUCACUGGUUAUCACAGCCACAAAGUCAUAAACCCCACCUAUAUCUACAAAUUAUCUCAUUCAAAUCUGCUUUUAAACCCAACUCUAACCUUAAAUUAAAAACAAAACACAUUUUUGUUUUCAUAGAUUAUAAGGAUAUAGUCCGUUGACGUUGUGGCUGUGUUAUCUAGUUGAAACUCUUCACAGGUCGUCGUGGCCUCUGUAAAUCAACACAUCUCCUCCUGUUGGUUCAUAGAAGGUAUUACAUCAUAUGUUUAUGUGAAAUGGAUUGAGGAUUGAUGAGCAAGAGAAGUAGAGGACUAAAAUGUGAACAAACGUAAUUAAUGCACCACCAGUUCUGUCUGGUCUGCUCUAGAUUCACAUCAAAGAUUAUCAUGACAAUUUUGUUGUAGAUUUGGAUCACAAUAAAUGGUGUUGCAGUAAAAGCCCAUCUAGAGAAUCUAUCCCAAAGUGAUCCCCUAUAAAGUUAUAUGGGGUCAGGGUCAGUCAACAUGUUUUUCUACUUGCACGAACAUGCGCACACACACGCACACAGAAAUCAGAACCAUGGACAGCCACAUCAUAUUCUUCCCCCGUGAUUUUACCCACACCUGACAGCAAUGUCUUUAGGUCAGGACUUACUAUACACUUGUCUUUACUCUCUUUAAAUAAAUACAUUUUGCAGUAUUAAAAUUAUAUUUUACACACUGUCAA